AGCAUGCUAACGAAAAGUUACCCUAUGUUGAAAUUGCCUGAUUUGGCUCAGAACAAGUGUCGUGACUUUACGUGCGUGCGCAGGUAUCUGACGCAAAUGCAGGCUGUAGCGCAAGUGCACUCUCACCAGAACGACUCUGGCAUAAUAUACUCUCAACACUAAAAGCUUGGCUAACGUUACAUUAGUUCACAAACUAUGUUGAUUGUACUUAGUCCAUUUGAUUCUUAUUAAUGCGAAAUUGAAAUGAGUUAAAUAUAUACUGAAAGGUGCGAGGUGUUGCGCUCAAACACCUGCUCCGAAAUGCACAGAUAUUUAAUUUUCUUUCCGAGUGCAUUAUUUUCUUGAUCAGUAUGUCAGACGUCGUUAGCUAGCUAGCUAGCUAUGUGUUGACUGGAGGGACAGUGCGUCACCAUUCAAGAUGGACACUGCCGAAGAAGCCGAUAUAUGCAGGGUAUGUCGGUCAGAGGGGACCUCUGAUAAGCCCCUUUACCAUCCCUGUGUCUGCACUGGAAGCAUUAAGUUCAUCCAUCAAGAAUGCCUUGUUCAGUGGCUGAAACACAGCAGAAAAGAGUACUGCGAAUUAUGCAAACACAGGUUUGCUUUCACACCAAUCUACUCUCCAGACAUGCCCUCCCGGCUGCCAGUGCAGGAUAUUUUUGCUGGCCUGGUGACUAGUAUAGGCACAGCCAUCCGCUACUGGUUUCACUACACACUGGUGGCUUUCGCCUGGCUUGGUGUUGUCCCUUUAACAGCAUGUCGCAUCUACAAAUGUCUGUUUACAGGCUCUGUAAGUUCACUACUGACGCUGCCACUGGAUAUGCUCUCCACAGAUAACCUGCUGGCCGAUUGCCUGCAGGGUUGCUUCGUGGUGACAUGCACGCUGUGCGCCUUCAUCAGCCUGGUGUGGCUCAGGGAGCAGAUUGUUCACGGCGGUGCCCCACUGUGGCUGGAUCAGAACCAGCAGCAGCCGGGCAACGUAGCCGCCCGGCCCAACGAGGCUCCUGCCCCAGGUAAUGAAGCUGGUGUGGUGGAGCAGCAGGCUGCCCCUGCCCCUGCCCCGGCCCCGGAGGAGAACGCGGUGCUGGGUGAGGCCUUGGAGGGGCAGGCCGAACCUGAGGAGCUGGAGCUGGACAACGAGGAUGAGGAGGAGGCUGGGGCAGAGGAUGCUGCCAAUGCCAACAACGCAGCACAAGAUGACAUGAACUGGAACGCUCUGGAGUGGGACCGAGCUGCAGAGGAGCUCACCUGGGAGCGGAUGCUGGGAUUAGAUGGCUCUUUAGUUUUUUUGGAGCAUGUCUUUUGGGUGGUCUCACUGAAUACACUUUUCAUUCUGGUGUUCGCUUUUUGUCCAUAUCAUAUUGGGCAUUUUUCAGUGGUGGGGCUUGGCUUUGAGGAAUAUGUGAAGGCGUCACAUUUCGAAGGGCUCAUCACCACCAUUGUGGGCUAUGUUCUACUCGCCGUAACACUGAUCGUGUGUCACGGAUUAGCAGCAUUAGUGAGAUUCCAGAGAUCACGGCGGUUAUUAGGGGUGUGCUACAUCGUUGUAAAGGUGUCUCUGCUGGUGGUGGUGGAGAUAGGUGUUUUCCCCCUUAUCUGUGGCUGGUGGCUGGAUAUCUGCUCCUUGGAAAUGUUUGAUGCCUCCCUGAAGGAUCGAGAGUUGAGUUUUGAGUCUGCCCCUGGCACGACCAUGUUCCUCCACUGGCUCGUCGGGAUGGUCUACGUCUUUUACUUUGCAUCGUUCAUUCUUCUACUGCGAGAGGUGCUCAGGCCUGGUGUCUUGUGGUUCCUCCGAAACUUAAAUGACCCUGAUUUUAACCCAGUACAAGAGAUGAUCCACCUGCCAAUAUACAGACAUCUGAGAAGGUUCAUCUUAUCAGUGGUGGUGUUUGGAUCCAUUGUUCUUCUGAUGCUGUGGCUUCCCAUUCGAAUCAUCAAGCAGCUGCUUCCUUCCUUCCUCCCCUACAAUGUGAUGCUGUACAGUGACGCGCCGGUGAGUGAGCUGUCUCUGGAGCUGCUGCUGCUGCAGGUGGUGCUGCCUGCUCUGCUGGAACAGGGACACACACGGCAGUGGCUCAAGGGUCUGGUGCGGGCCUGGACCGUCACCGCUGGAUUCCUCCUAGACCUGCACUCCUACCUGCUGGGAGACCAGGAGGAGAAUGACAACAACGGCAACAACGACCAGCAGGCGCGUAAUAACAACAAUGCCAUCCCCGUGGUGGGCGAAGGCUUGCACGCGGCCCACCAGGCCAUCCUGCAGCAGGGCGGGCCGGUUGGCUUUCAGCCAUACCACCGACCAAUGAAAUUCCCCUUCAGGAUUGUCCUGCUGAUAGUGUUCAUGUGUGUGACACUGCUCGUGUCCAGCCUUGUCUGUCUCACUUUGCCAGUGUGGGCGGGCCGCUAUCUGAUGUCUUUCUGGACGGGCAGCGCUAAGAUCCAUGAGCUGUACACGGCGGCGUGUGGCCUGUACGUGUGCUGGCUGUCCAUCCGCGCCAUCACCGUGCUGCUGGCCUGGAUGCCUCAGGGCCGAAACAUGAUCCUCAUCAAGGUCCAGGAGUGGACACUCAUGAUCCUGAAGACGCUGAUCGUGGCGGUGUUGCUUGCAGGGGUGAUCCCUCUUCUGCUGGGUCUGCUGUUUGAGCUGGUCAUCGUCGCCCCCCUCCGGGUCCCUCUGGACCAGACCCCCCUCUUCUACCCUUGGCAGGACUGGGCCCUGGGCGUCCUGCAUGCCAAAAUAAUCGCCGCCAUCACCCUCAUGGGCCCGCAGUGGUGGCUGAAGACUGUGAUUGAGCAGGUGUAUGCCAACGGGAUCCGCAACAUUGACCUGCACUUCAUCAUCCGCAAGCUGGCCGCUCCUGUCAUCGCCGUGCUGCUGGUGUCACUCUGUGUGCCCUAUGUCAUCGCUACAGGUGUUGUGCCUGUCAUAGGAGUCACGCGGGAGAUGGAGAACCUGGUGCAGAGACGCAUCUACCCCUUUCUGCUGAUGGUGGUGCUGAUCAUGGGCAUCCUGUCCUUCCAGAUCCGCCAGUUCAAGCGCCUUUACGAACACAUCAAGAACGACAAGUAUCUUGUUGGACAAAGACUUGUGAAUUAUGAACGAAAAACUGGCAAACCCAGCACUGCCACCCACAGUAGCUCCCCACAGGAGUAACAGCCUGUGUGUGUGUGUGUGUGUGUGUGUGUGUGUGUGUGUGUGUGUGUGUGUGUGUGUGUGUGUGUGUGUGUGUGUGUGUGUGUGUGUGUGUGUGCGCGCGCCCAGCACUGCCACCCACAGUAGUUCCUUACAGGAGUUAUAGUCUGAGCAAGUGGUUCUGCUUCAGAGUCAGCUGGAGGUGUGUUUGUGUGUGUGUGUGUGUGUGUGAAAGAGACCAGUUGAAUUUGUGUGCGUGAGGUCUCCAGUGCCCUCUUCCCUCCAACUGUUCAACUCUCCAACUGGUGCAUGACCCAUUUCACCUUGUGUCCACUGCAACUCUCUGUAACUCUCCACGACUCCAGCUGCCUGUGUGCUUAUGCCUGCAGAGGGGACUUGACAACAGACUACCACAGGAGAUGAACAACAACAACACCAAUGCUAAACAAGACACCCAACACAAAUAUAAAAUAUUCCUCCUCCUAGGAAUAUAUGUGUAUGCUAAUUUAUUAAAGUGUAGUUGUCACUUUAUUUCGUUCAGAUCGUGUGGCUCUGUUUGGAUUGGAUUGUGGUAUCUUUUUAUGCUACAAGACAGACGUCAUGCUUGUUUUUAUUGACCUUUUUUUUUCCCGCCCACAAAUGAACAAUGGGGUUAUUGGUCAUGAAUUUGGGUCAUUCGUAGUUUUUAUUUAUUAGUUUUCUUUUUCUUCAGAGGUGUUCGUGGACUUUGACUCGCAACGUUUUUAAUACCACCACUCUGUUGCGGACAGCGUUGCGUGUAGGAGUGGGUGAGUUGUUGGGUGAGCUGAAGACUGCUUUGCACUUCACCCGGGAUGCUGUAGAGAGCUCUACUCCACCAAGGGUCUCCAGUGUCUAGCGAUGUCAUGGCAGUGGUGCCAGAUGAACUUUGAGCGUGGAAGCGGGUGGCCUUGGACAGAGUUUCCGAAUGCUGACAUACUUCCUUAGCACAGAUCUUAAUGCUCUGGGGCAUGGAGCCUCACGCGGCCUACCAAAGAGCUAUUUUGUGUAGCUCUGUCAAACUCUCCACUUGAGCUCUGUGGGGUAUGUGAGCAAAGGCUGUGAGGCCUCAGUGAUUGAGCAUAUUUAUUUGCCAGCUAUGUUACAAUAUGUUGAUUGUGCAUCGGCUCAGUUUCGAGUGUGUCCUGUCAAUACAUUUUCUUGCCACACUUCAUGUGCAAAGGGUGACUUCCUUGGUGAAGGCUUUGUUGCACGUGUACCAGUUGGUUGCACUUUGUUUUUCUUUGAAAGAGUAGCACUAGUUGGGAAAUUCUUCCAGUUUAAUUCAAUCAGUAUUGAUGUAUUGUACAUUGAGAAUACAAAAAAGUACACAAAAAACAAAAUUCAUAAUUAACAAUGUCAUGCACCAGUGUUGAAGAAUUAUACCUUCUCUUUUAUGGUCUGUAAAAAAACGAUUUCCAUCAGAUGUUUGUAAAUAGUGUAACAUUGCAACACUCUUGGACUGUAGUUUGUUUUGUUUUGUUUUUUUGAUUUCCAUUACAACUGUUUCAUUUUGACAUUUCAGGCAACUGCUGCAAGUUGAGUGAGACUCUGACGGGAGGGUCUGUUGGAUUUGUAUCAGAAUGCCGCAGAAGUAGUGUUAAAAAGCUGAGAUUCUAUAAGUGACCUUAUAGUAUCCACCAACGCAAAACUGGAAAUGAUGUGCUUCUUGACCUUGUUUUGGCUUCAUCCGAAGGCAAAUGCUCUAUUUUUAUAUGUGCACAUUAGAGGCGCUACUGAUUGUGUUUGAUUUCUUUUCUCUCUCUCUUGUCUCCUCAUCCUGUGGUUUCCUUUGUAACGGGAUGGUGGUACACAGCACUGUUGUUGAUUGAAAUCAGCAUGCUGUCAGAAUUAGUGGCACAAUUCCGAUUGCUCCCACUUGCCUGGAUAAAUAAAUAAUUUGUCCUACAUCCCUCUCCAUAGUAUGUGUGUGUGUCAGGCUCCUACAGCCCUCGCUGCCAUAGUAUGUGUGUGUCAGGCCUAUACAGUACUCUGAUUGGUUUAAAUGUGCUGGGGGGCGGGGGGAGGGACCUUUCUCACAUCGACAGAGGAGGAUCAUUUUGUUUUGUUUCAAGAAUUUAAUAACAAACAUUAAAUCACACGUGUGGAAUUUU